AACACUUUACAAAAUCAGGGCACUUGAUGGCGCUGUUUAAAAAAGAAAAAACAAAGAUGGCGGCGCCCGCAGACGAUCCCGAAACAGAAAUCGGUCCAACUUUGCCUGCAGUUACAGCUAGUUCGACAACAGAAAUACAAUGUAAAACAGUAUCAACGGAAGCCAAUAACGCCGAUGACCACAAGGAUGCAUCGAAUGUUCAAUCAACUGCUGCCAAAGAAGAAAAAAGGGGAAUAUAUGCGUCGUAUCAGCACAGCUCUUGUCUGCGCAGGAUAAAGUUUGCCUUUCAACGACAUCCAAAUGUGAAGACCCUUUUAGAAUCAUUGAAGAAAUUAGGAAGUGAGUUUGACAUUGAAAAGCAAGUCACCUGUGAGAAAUGUACCACCGAGACUAAUAUCAAUGGAGGCUUUGACCCAAACAGAAAUGAGAUCCUUGUAUGUGAGAACAGGAGUCCCACCCAGCGCCUGACCAGCAUGCUUCUCACCCAUGAGUUGGUUCAUGCUUACGACCACACUAAGAGUCAAGUGGACUGGACAGAUCUUAAAGCAGUAGCUUGUAGUGAGAUCCGUGCAGCUAACUUAAGUGGGGACUGCUCCUUCCUGAGUGAGAAGUUUUACCGGGGAAACAUUGGUGCCAAAUACAAUCAUGAGGCUUGUGUAAAGAGACUAGCAGUGGCUUCUAUUAUAGCAACUCGAGACGUCUCAAAAGAGGAAGCAGGGAAGAUCGCUGAUGGAGUGUGGGAUGACUGCUACAGUGACUAUGCUCCGUUUCCCACCCAUCCACACCGAGAUUCAGAGUCUAGAUUCUCUCGCUUUUCUAAAUAUUACCAGCCUAGGUGACAGUGACACUUCAAUGGUUAUUGUGCCAAUAGUGUUCCUGUAAUCUUAUUCAGCUCCCUGGGAAGUAUAUAACCCUGAGCUGCCAUUGCCCUCCAAACUCUAUCCUCACAGGCAAUACUAAUUAUAAUAAUAACAAUAAUAGCACCAGUUUAUGUACAAUGUAGCGCCUUUUCUUAAGGUUGCAAAGUGCUCACAGAAUGACAGGAAAAAAACAAAAAUGGGAAUCAAAAACCAAGAGGAAAACACGACUAGCCAAAGCCUGCAGCAUUUAGUUAAGAAAGUCCGGCGAAAAAGUUGCCGUAAAAUUCAUAAAAUUCUUCCUAACUUAAAACUAAUCUUAGGACUUAACCCGAGUCCCAACCCUGCACUGUAGCAUGCAGACCUCAA